AUGGCUGAAAAGCGCAGACUCCCGCCGCGUGACCGACGGGAAUCGGCGGCCAAAAGACGUGUCUCCGAAGCCGCGCCUCAGUCUACCAAGAAAAAAGCGCCAACUCCUCGCGCCCCAUCUCCACUAGAAUUCGUUGACGCGCCUUUGCCCACCAAUCUCAAGGAUGUCGAGGGUUUACCUGUUCUUCGCGCGCGACAACCACUGACCUUAUCCGACAAGGAAUACCAAUCAAUCGCCGAAAGCGCAGUGCUCCUCGCUGCACUUGAACGGUCUAAGAAGAAAUGGCUCAGCGAUGGCAUCCUUGUGCGAUAUUUCACGAAGCCCAAGAAGACGAAGCGGGAGCAAAUCGAACGGAACAACCCGCCAAAGGACAGCAUGACCAAAGUCGGUCCUUGCGAUAUCACAAUCGGUCCUCAUUUCUUUGAUGCCAUGAUCUACACUGUCAAAGAUCCCAAUGCGCCACCAUCUCUACAAUAUGCGUCCCCGCAACGACCGAUGGUGCACUAUGGUCACCCCAACAACUUCCAACAAUACCGCCCCUACCCUUCCCCAUCCAAUCCUCAGCGCCCAAACCAAUAUUCGCCCGCCCCUGCAGGCCGUCCUGGUUACUCUGGAAGUCAUCCUCCGGCCCAGCAACCUCGUGGCCCGAACCAAAGCAAUGCUCCGUCCCCUCAAGGCGGGCAAAGGCCACAACCGGGGCAAAAGGGACCUAAUGGCCAGCCUGCUAAGCCAAGCCCGGACCCUGUGAUCCAAAUGCUGGCUACAAGAGCGGCAGCAGAUCCAGAGCUCAAGGCUUUGAUGCGUGUGGUUGCCUCCAGCCAAGCAUCCCAAGAGCAACUUCGAGCUUUCCAGGCACACAUUGACGAACUGAACGCCAUUAUUAAAUCAAGGGAACAACAAGAGCAACGCCAGCAGGCUUCUGCGACAGCUCAACCACAACAAACUCCGACUCCACAACCCCAAUCCACCCCGCAACCCCAGCCUCAGCCAAAACAGGAUGGCGCAAAGCCAGCCUCCAAGGAGCAGCCUGCAACUCAGACAAAAUCACCGGCCAAGCUACCGCCUACCCAGGCGGGUGCCUCUCACCCCCCUGCUGCCUCGACAGAAAAGCCGGCUAAUCCUCAAAACUCCGCUGGGACGGCGACAAUCAAGCAAGAGCCAACAGCUGUGCCCAACAAAGACUCCCAGGCUACGCCAACUUCAUCUACAGCUAGUGUCAAUGCCAGCACUCGAGCUCCUGUCUCCACCCCCGGUCCGCAGCAGACCCCUACAGCAAAUCUCACUUCAACGCCAGCCGGUCGGCCGCAGUCGGCAGCAAGGCCAGGACCAGGACCCCCAUACCCUCCAUACCCACAACCAGCUUAUGGGUCGCAAACUCCAAUCCAAUCCCGCCCACCGCAAUACGCCACACCUAAUUCCUUCUACCGUUCACCAGUGGCUCCGCUCGCUCCCCCGCGUGUAGGCUACAAAUCUGUGGUUUUCGAGUUCACGUCUCCCUUAACACCAUACGGAAAUGCUACUUCUGGUCACGCUGGCUCAGGCGACCGUUAUUUGUUCCCUGAAAACACAAUUCUCGAAUGGCUUCCAGACGAAAACACGGUCAUUGCAUCAUUCCUGGUAGUACGAAAAGUUGACGCAAACGCAACGUUCCCUCUUGAGACACCCACAGAGGCCGCCAACUCCAAAGGCAAAGGAAAGAGCGCAUCAAAAUCCAAGAAGGGCGAGCCGAAGGGCAAGGCCGAAAAGGGAGCAGACCCAGCCGGUCCUCAAACCCCCGCUCAACCAGGCGGAACACCACAUAAGCAAGAACCAAGUGAUUCUCCAAUGCCCGACGCAUCGGCUGCCCCUAUUAACGAGGCAAACCUCAAGGAAUACUGGCAACCAGUCACAUUCCGCAUCCACUCACCAAGCACAACAAUUCUCGAACCACUCGCCCGAGUCGUCAAGCCAGCAGAUGAAGUCCGCAAAUACAUGAAUGAAGUCAUGGACCGCGCUGAGCGUGCGCCGGAUGGCUUCCUGGCCAUGCGUCUCCCUCGCGAGGAAUCGCACGAGCCAUUUGAUCCAGAGGGAACACCCGCCUCAAACGUUGGAACACGCAGCCGUCUUUCUCGUGUCCAGCUUGCGGAUGAAGAGUCCGAGGUCGAGACGUCUGCAUUCGAAUUCGAGGAGGAAGAUGAAGAUGAUUUGAAGGACUUUUAUGAUGCGCCAUAUGGAUUACCGCCGUUGAAGACGUGA